ACAUUUUUUCAAUUUUAGAAAUCAUUUUCAAAUAUUUUUAAUAUAAUUUAUGCAUCUUACAUAAUGUAUGUACCAAAUUGGAUACUAAUAUUUACUCUUUUGAAAAAGCUAACAUACUCCAAAUUAGUGUCCAUUAGGAUACUAAAAUUUUCAUCUCUCUCACAUGUCUUGUCUUUUCUUAUAUAAAGUCCUGGUUUUCACACACAACAAUCAAGUUCCAUAUUCAUUAUCAACAACAACUGUAAUUGUAAUUGAACAGAAUCAGAAUUUGAUAAGGGCAUGGCAUUGAAUGCCUAUCGAAGUCUCUUCAUCUUCAACCUUGGUGUCUUGACUCUUAUUAUAAUGGCCGCGGCUGUUACUCCUACUACACUUGUUGACCGGACAUCUCUUAAUCGGAGCAGUUUUCCGGCAGGUUUCAUUUUUGGUACUGCCUCCUCGUCCUAUCAGUAUGAAGGUGCUGCAAAUGAAGGGGGUAGAGGACAAAGUACAUGGGAUAACUUUACUCAUAAAUAUCCUGAAAAAAUAUUGGAUAGAAGCAAUGGAGAUGUAGCUGUUGAUCAGUAUCAUCGUUAUAAGGAUGAUGUUGCAAUCAUGAAGUAUAUGAACACAGAUGCAUACAGAUUCUCCAUCUCAUGGCCAAGGAUAUUGCCAAAAGGAAAAGUAAGCGCAGGUAUCAACCAAGAAGGAAUCAAAUAUUACAACAACCUCAUCAAUGAGCUACUCGAUAAUGGUCUAGUACCAUUUGUAACCCUUUUCCAUUGGGAUCUUCCCCAAGCCUUACAAGACGAGUACGAAGGUUUCUUGAGCCCCAAUAUCAUAAAUGAUUUUCAGGACUAUGCAGAGCUAUGCUUCAAGGAAUUUGGAGACAGAGUGAACCAUUGGAUUACUCUUAAUGAGCCGCACUCUUACAGUAUGGGUACAGAGCCCUACAUGGCCUCACACAACCAACUCCUCGCUCAUGCAGCCGCUGUCAAAAUUUAUAGAACCAAUUAUCAGGCUUCUCAAAACGGUUCAAUAGGCAUCACCUUAAACUGUCACUGGUUUUUGCCUUUCUCAAAUGACACAUUAGAUCAUCAAGCUGCUCAACGCGCUCUUGAUUUCAUGUUUGGAUGGUUUAUGCAGCCAAUGACAACAGGAGAGUAUCCACUAAGCAUGGUGUCUUUUGUGGGAAAUCGGUUACCAAAGUUCACUCGAGAGCAAUCCAAGAUACUUACCGGCUCAUUUGAUUUUAUCGGAGUCAAUUACUACACCUCAAAUUAUGCGGCCAAUAUACCACAUUCAAAUAACGACACAAGCAAAUCUACCUAUUUCAAGGAUACUCAUGUCAACUUAACAACUGAGCGAAAUGGGAUACCAAUUGGACCACGGGCUGCUUCGCCUUGGCUAUUUGUUUAUCCAAUGGGGAUUCAGGAACUACUACUGUACACAAAGACAAAGUAUAACAAUCCUUUGAUAUACAUCACAGAAAAUGGUAUGGAUGAGUUCAACGAUCCAACACUAUCACUUGAAGAGGCGCUUUCGGAUACUUAUAGAAUUGAUUACUUUUAUCGUCAUCUUUAUUAUAUUUCAUCUGCAAUCAAGCAUGGCGUGAAAGUACAAGGAUAUUUCGCGUGGUCACUUUUAGAUAACUUUGAAUGGAUUGCCGGAUACACCAUGCGUUUUGGAAUUAACUUUGUUGAUUACAAAGAUAAUCUUAAAAGACACCAUAAACUCUCUGCCCAUUGGUUUAGGAAUUUUCUUAAAAAACAUUAGAGUUACAGGUUAAUGUCUUGUUGAUCUCCAAUAGUAUGAUAUGAUCUUGAUUAAUACAAAGUGAAAAUUGUAAUAUUGGAUUUGAAUAACAAUUGAGCUCUAGCUAGAAGUCAUAGUUUGUUUUUGAAUAACCAUGUGAAAUAUUGUAGUAUUGUAAUAUCCUAAUCAACAAUAGGGUCUUCACUCUAUUCUGGUUUUGUAUUAUUCUAAUCAUAUUCUAUUUAUCAAGUUUUUAUUUAA